AUGCCUAGUUCUAUCACUUCAACCAAUCCCUCAGAAUUGUCGGCAGAAUUACUUCAAGAUGAAAAUUUUUCAGACUUGAAUAUUAGCGAAAUACUUGAAGACAUGGAUAAGGCAGAGGGAGCAUUAAAUGAGCUUGAUGAGAGGCUUGAUAAUCUAAAUGCAAAAAUAGAUGCACUUCUCGAAGAACAAGCUCCUAAUGAAAUUAAGUCAGCUGAAGAGGAGAAAACUGAAAAGGAUUAUUACUCUCGUGGUUACACGAAAUGA